CAGUCACGCUAGGAUCUUGACGUCUAAUUUUUGCUAACAAAGAUGAAGUCACAAUCCUUGACAAUAAAGAUUACUACGCUGUUUUGCAUAGUGUCCAUCGAUGUGACAGAUGCGGGUAGGAUGUGGUUUUGUAAAUCAGAUGAUCCCUGCAAAGAAGCAAAUACAACAGCACCUUACCAGCCUAAACUACGAGCCAAAAACUGCCAGUUUAAUAAAACUCCGUAUUGUGACCGCUUCAUUACUCCAGGCUGGUAUAGAUUUAAAGAUGACAUGCUGAAUCAUCCACCUGAUUUAUUUGAAUGUGGAGCUGUGUACCCUUACUGGCUCAAUGGAACACUUCCAUCUAAGCAGGACGAGGAGGUGGACAGGACCGCUUGUAAAGUUGGUUUCAGAAAAAAAUGCACCAGACAAGUCACCAUCACUAUUAGGCACUGUGGAUCAUUCAAUGCCUACUGUCUUCCUUACCUUGGUGCUUGUUCCGAAAGAUAUUGCUUUGGUGAAAGAGAUGCUGCUUGUGAUCAGACAACCCCUAACUCUCCGCGGACAGCCACACCCCCGACGGUAACCAAACGUAUCAAGAGAAUGACAGGUAGCACUUCAGAAAAACCAAAAGCACCAUCCAUAGAAAGCCUUCAAAAUCGACUCUUAGCUGAGAUUUGUUCAGCUGAUCCGUGUAAAUCAAACGACCUUCCUAGGAUUCCAUUUGUAAAAAGCAGGGGUGAAAAUUGCAAGUAUAAACACACUAUGCAAUCGUGUGACCGGGAUUUGGUCCCAGGAUGGUAUAAGGCAGAAACAGGAGACCCAAAACUCCUGAACAGAUGUCCAGAUGUCCUAUCUUGUGGCGCACUAUACCCUGUCUGGAUGGACGGUAUGCAUCCUAAUAAAAAUGAAGGUAUUGUGCAAAGAGAACUCUGCAUUUUUGGACUCGGACUAGGGAAUUCUCAUUCUUGCUGCCAUGAAAGAAGCCACAUAUAUGUGAAAAACUGUGGACUUUACAUGGCGUAUUGUCUGAAACCCCUGAAUAAAUGCGAGGAAAGAUAUUGCUUUGAUAACAAUGAGACCUGCACUGAUGAUACGGACAUGUCAGUGGAUUCUUCUUUACUUCACAGCAGACAGUCUCGGCUUCCUGUCAUCGUUACUGCCGCUGUAAUGACUGUAUUAAUGGUGAUUGCAACGACGCUUGUAAUCAUUGCUUUCAAAAAAAGGAGAGAAAAUAACUAUGAAAAACCAAAGAAGCUGGAUAAUUUCAAGAACGAUUAUGAAACACUGCGUAACGGAUAUACAUAUAUGAAGUUUCCUGAGAAGAUUCCCUCUAAAGAAGGGUGUGAUCUAAUCGAUACCAAUGUCUACUGUGUGAUUAAUGAUGUGCAAUAAAUAAAUAUAAUCAACACCAACAAAUAGAAAAUAUUAUAUUAGUUGAAAAUGUAGCUUACAGUUAAUCUCUAGGUAUCCCAGUGAUGUUAUACAUUCAGAUCAUAAAUAGAAAGUUCAUAUUUGAAAACGAAUAAAUAAUUUGAUCCAUUAAAAUUUAGAGGGAUAAAGAAGCAUGCUCUAUCAUGAUAAUCACCAUUUGAGACAACGGCUCGAGUAAACAGCUUUUCUGAUCGAUGUUUGUCCCGCCUUUAGUCUGUUCGUCUGUAUCUUUGAACUUUUAAGAGUUUUAAUUUUAUCCAGAAACACUGGGCCAAUUUCAGAUAAUCUUGACUAAAAGUAAGGAUAAAGUAAGGGUAAAGUAAGUCAAGUUUGUUCAAAUGAACGGUCUUAAUAAUCAAGAUACUAAAGAAAAGGCCGAAAAGAGUGGGGUCAUUUACAAACAACUUUUUGAAAAAUGAAGUCAGAAUGAUGAAACUUAUUGGAAAGCUUCCAAACUGAGGAUAAUUCAGGUUUGUUGAGGUCAUGGUCAACAGAGAUAGGUCUCAAAUGCUUUACAUGGAUACACACAGGGACAGAACAGAGACAGCUUAAAUGGAAAUAAAUGUAAAAAGUAAAAAAAAAAAAAAUGAAUUGUUUUCAAGGGAUAUAGGAUCAAACAAAUCCAUAUGAAUCUGAAAAGUUCAGCAUGCCCUAGUUUUGUGAAUUAACAUUUUUUUUUUCAAAUAAUGGACCCUGGGGUAAGGAGGGAGCUUCAAUCUUUUCAAGAAUAGCAAAGUUUAAUUUUCCUAUUGAUUUUGAUGAACUCGCAUGUUCCGUGGUAUCAGAUUUUGAUAUAAGUAGUGAAAUAAGGUGAAAACACAUUGUGGGGUCCAAACUGUUCAUUUGAUUGAAGAGAGAAAAUCUUUCCUCUGAAAAGCAUUAGGGUCAUAGCGACUGAGGUGAGUGUUGUGACCAAUAGGCCUCUUGAAUAUAUUGCCAAAUCCGAUUUAAGAAAUUGCGUACAUAAAAAUAAUCAUUUUUAAUUUAUUAGAAGUAUUACGCACUAUUAAUUAUCACAUUAUUUUGUAUUGAAUAUAUCGUUAACACAAUAUACUGUCUAGAGUAUUAUCAAUUAAUAAAUGCCAAAAUUCUGUUAUAAGUGUUGUGCUAGCAAAGGAUGAUAGUUGCUCC